GACUCUUUCUUCUCCAAUAUGCAAGCCAUCGUCGCCAUGCUCCUCCUAGUGGGGAGCUUGGUAGACGCAAAAUGCUAUCUUCCCGACGGUACUGGAGCUACGAACCCGCAAUGGCGAGCAUGCUCCGACGAUCCAAAAGACCCCCUCAGCAACAUCUGCUGCGCACUGAACCGCAAAAACCCAGCCGGCGGACUGAAAUCGGCAGGAGAUACGGCGGAUACAUGUCUACCGAAUGGACUCUGCCAGAAUGAAUCCUUCAGCGACUCGGGGAACCAGACCAUAUACUACCGGCGAUCAUACUGCACGUCGCAGGAAUGGGAGAGUGGGAACUGUUUGACGACAUGUGGCAAAGGUGAAUCCGGAUUCAAAGACAUGACACCCUGCGACGGCACAUCGACGUCGGAAAGAUGGUGCUGCGGCGCCAACAACAAAGACUGCUGCAGUCCAGACUCGAACAUCGGCGCGGUAAUCCUAGCAAAGAACUUCCUCGACGCCGCCCCAACCACAGUCCUAGGCUCCAUGCAACCCUCCCCAACAUCCUCGAAACAAGACUCCCCGAGCUCUUCCUCCAACGCCGCUAACCCUUCCUCCUCCGCUGGCGCCUCCUCCUCCGUUCCCCCAGCCGCAGCCGCACAACCAACCUCGUCCGCCCCCUCCACCAUCGCUUCCUCCGCCCCACAAGAAGACACAUCGUCCCCUCCCUCCUCCCCGCAAGACCCCUCACCCCAAGGCCUCGCAACCGGCGCAAAAGUCGGCAUAGCAAUCGGCGCAGUCGUAGGCGGCGCCGCUCUAAUCGGCAUCGGCGCCUGGCUGGCCCUCGCGUCCCAGCGCCGCAAACUCAACUCGGCCUCUUCCGCUUCCGAACUCCCUUCCGCCUCCACCGCGUACCCUUCCGAACUCGCCGGCAGUUACGGCAGAGACCAGAAAAACCGCUAUCUACUCCAGGAACGCUCCAUCCACGGGGCUGGGUCCACGGGUGCGAGGAGUUUCGAUGGCAGUGCGAAUUCGUUGCAUGCGCAGGACACGCGCGUGGAGAUGGGCAUGGGUUUGGGGAUGCAUCAGCAGCAGCAGCAGUCGCCGUACUAUGAGCAGAGGAGCGUGGCGUUGGGCGAGCUGCCGGAACGCACUAUGGCUAGCGAGCUGCCUGCGGAUGAGGUGGAGAGGGUCAAAGGGAUACAUUGGUAAUCUUUUUCAUUCUUUCCGCGGAGAGAAUUCAAAUCGUGGUGUGUUCUUAUUUUCUU